AUGGCAGAGGACAAGUCGAAAGCGGUUUCUCUCAAAAUCCCGGUGUCUGUUUUAUCGGAUAAGGAGGAGAACACUAUAUUGACUUCUUUUAUGAAUGGUGUUGAAGUCCCAAAGUCAACACAGUUUCAUCUAUAUCAGCAUAAAAAAAGAAAAUUAAACGACGUUGUUUUGCAUGGCGAAAAUGAGAACUUGAUAUACGAUGGAUCAUUGAAAAGUGGACAACAUUCAAAAAAUGGAUACCCAAAGUACUGUAUCGGAAUUUAUGAUCCAGAGAGUAGAUCACUUAAGUUAGUAAAGACAAAGCUUAUUCCUACAAAGAUCAAAUCCAAAAAGCUACUAAACGUUAAGGAUAAUUACGAGGAUAUGACUGAUGUGUCUAAAUUAGAGCAAAGGAGCAGAUUGGGAGAAGAGUUUGGUACCAGGAGAGCUAAAGCCGCACUUUCUUCUUACAAGAAGAAUCGGGUUGAUGCGAGUAAAUUGCAAGAGAAUGAACUUGAUAUCGCCUCUGAUAUUCAGAAGAGCACAUCGAAUAUUCCAGAUAAGGUCAAACUUACAAAGACUGUUGAAGCUGAGAACAGAUUGAUACCUAAAUAUAAUGAGAAGGCUGCAUCUGUGGAUGAAGUCUAUCCAGUUGAGGGUGUUAUUUCAGAGAGAGAGCAGGGUAUGAUUCAGGUUGACGUAUUUUUACAGCAGAUUAAAGAAAAUACAGCUGCCAAAACUUUACUCGAACUCAUGCCAUAUUACACGGAAACAAGUGUUUACCUACUAGAUAAGCUCGAGAAACAAGAUGCGGAUUCCUCAGACUCUAAACUUAGAUUAAAAAUCAUGUACUACAUUUCAACGUUGAUGGGGGUGUAUUUCAACAGAAGGUCACGUUUUAUGGACAAGCUUCUUGAAAAUUUCCAAAAUCAACCAUCCACAUUCAUUGUGGACAGCUGUCUCAAACGCUUUACUGAUUAUAAUGGUAUCAGGAAGCAUUUUUAUAUGGAUCCAAUGAAUGAGGACAAAAUUCUUACGUAUAUUCUCACUUUGAUGUUGAGGCUAGAUAAUUAUACGCUUCCUAUUACGCCGCUAGCCCAAGAACUUUCCAUUAAUCCUUCAAGGCUAGUCUCUUUACUUAGAUCGUUAGGUUGCCACACCAAAAAUGCCACAAUUGCUCAGAAGGAGGCUUGGAAUGUGCCGAAAAAUGCUGUCUAUAAGGUUGCUGUUCUCACCGUUCCACUCAAAUUACCACCUAUGAUUAGACGUGGACGUAAAGCUCAAAACAAUAAUCAUUAG